AUGGACACCUCAUCCAAAGAAAACGCCCAUUUGUUCCACAAAAAUUCAGUGCAACCUGCCGGAGGGCCAUCCUUUAAAGUGGGAUAUCCGUCCACAGAGGAAGCGCGGUCAUGCUGUGGAAAACUGAAGGUGUUUUUGGGUGCCCUGUCUUUUGUUUACUUUGCCAAAGCAUUGGCAGAAGGCUAUCUGAAGAGCACCAUUACUCAGAUAGAGAGGAGGUUUGAUAUCCCUUCCUCUCUGGUGGGAAUAAUUGAUGGUAGUUUUGAAAUCGGGAAUCUUCUGGUCAUAACAUUUGUUAGCUACUUUGGUGCCAAACUUCACAGGCCAAAAAUAAUCGGAGCAGGAUGCCUGGUCAUGGGCUUCGGGACUAUGCUCAUUGCUGUGCCCCAGUUCUUCAUGGAGAAGUACAGCUAUGAGAAAUAUGAGAGGUAUUCUCCCUCCACCAACAUCACUCCCAACAUCUCUCCGUGCUACCUAGAGUCUAGCAGUCCAUCACCAAGCUCAAUCCUGGGGAAAUCACAGAACAAAAUAAAUCAUGAGUGUGAAGGGGAUGCCAGUUCCUCCAUGUGGGUCUAUGUCUUCCUGGGCAAUCUUCUCCGAGGUUUAGGGGAAACGCCUAUCCAGCCCCUGGGCAUCGCCUAUCUGGAUGACUUCGCCAGUGAAGACAAUGCUGCUUUCUACAUCGGGUGUGUGCAGACAGUGGCAAUUAUAGGGCCCAUUUUUGGCUUCCUUCUGGGCUCAUUGUGUGCCAAACUGUAUGUUGAUAUUGGCUUUGUGAAUCUAGACCAUAUAACUAUCACCCCAAAGGAUCCCCAGUGGGUUGGGGCCUGGUGGCUUGGUUAUCUAAUAGCCGGGUUCCUAAGUCUCCUUGCAGCUAUACCUUUCUGGUGCUUACCCAAGACUCUACCAAGAUCCCAAAGUAGAGAGGACUCUGGCUCCUCAUCUGAGAAAUCCAAGUUCAUUAUAGAUGACCCUGUUAACUACCAAAUGAACCCUGGUGAAGAAAAAAUGAAAAUCAUGGAAAUGGCAAGAGAUUUUCUUCCUACACUGAAGACUCUUUUUAGAAACCCAGUAUACAUCUUGUACUUGUGUGCAAGCACUGUUCAGUUCAAUUCUCUAUUUGGCAUGGUCACAUAUAAACCAAAAUACAUUGAGCAGCAGUAUGGGCAGUCUUCUUCCAAAGCCAACUUUGUCAUUGGGCUCAUCAACAUUCCUGCAGUAGCCCUUGGAAUAUUCUCUGGGGGAAUAGUUAUGAAAAAAUUCAGGCUGGGUAUUUGUGAAGCUGCAAAACUCUACCUGGGAUCAUCCAUCUUUGGCUACCUCCUCUUCCUCUCUCUGUUUGCACUGGGAUGUGAAAAUUCCAGUGUGGCCGGACUGACUAUCUCCUACCAAGGAACCAAACCUGUCUCUUAUCAUGAACGAGCUCUCUUUUCAGAUUGCAACUCAAGAUGUAAAUGUUCAGACUCAAAAUGGGAGCCCAUGUGUGGGGACAAUGGGAUUACCUAUGUGUCGGCUUGUCUUGCUGGCUGUCAGUCCUCCAGUCGGAGUGGAAAGAACAUUAUAUUUUCUAACUGCACUUGUGUAGGAUUUGCAGCCCCCAAGUCAGGAAACUGGUCAGGCAUAAUGGGCAGGUGUCAGAAAGAAAAUGGAUGUUCCCAAAUGUUUCUAUAUUUCCUUGUGAUCUCAGUCAUUACAUCAUAUACAUUAUCUCUAGGUGGCAUACCUGGAUAUAUAUUACUCUUGAGGUGCAUUCAACCACAACUUAAGUCUUUUGCUCUGGGUAUCUACACCUUAGCAGUAAGAGUUCUUGCGGGAAUCCCAGCCCCUGUGUACUUUGGUGUUUUGAUUGACACUUCAUGCCUCAAAUGGGGAUUUAAAAAAUGUGGAGGCAGAGGCUCCUGCAGACUGUAUGACUCCCACACUUUCAGAUACAUAUACCUGGGAUUAACCACGCUCCUGGGCACAGUGUCUGUCUUUCUAAGCAUGGCCGUACUUUUCGUUUUAAAGAAAAAAUAUGUCUUGAAUCACAGCAGCUUAAUAAGUACAAGAGAGAAAAUAGUGAUGUCUUCAAGCAUCAAAAAGGAGACAUGUCCCGCAAGGGAUCAUGGGUUGCAGCCCAAGUACUGGCCAGGCAAGGAGACCCGACUUUAA